CACAGGCAGCCUCGGCUCAGGUGAUCUCCUCUCCUCGCGUAUCUUCUCUCAUUACUCAGCAGACUUCAAAACAGCAUGGUGAGGAUAGCAUGCACUCAUGCGAGUGGACUCCUGAGCUGGCUGGCCACCCUGUCCUUGCUCCGUGGUGUCCCAGCGAUGCCCAUGGGCGUGGACAAGGUAUGCACCACAGGCGCCAGUGCCAAGUACAGCCUGGCAUUCACGGGCAUGUGGAGCCAGACUGCCUUCCCCAAGCAGUACCCCCUGUACCGGCCCCCUGCACAGUGGUCCCCUCUCAUUGGCGUAACUCACAGCUCUGACUACCACAUCUGGCAGAAAAAUGAACAUGCCAGCAAUGGUGUGCGGGAGUUUUCAGAGAAGGGCGAGGCCUGGACCCUGAUGAAGGAGGUGGAGGCAGCUGGAGAGCGAAUCCAGAGUGUCUAUGGGGUCUUCUCUGCACCUGCUGUUGCCUUGGGAACUGGCCAGACCUCCUCCGAAUUUGAGGUCUUCACUAGGCACUCUUUUCUGUCCUUCAUUGUGCGCAUCGUGCCCAGCCCAGACUGGUUUGUGGGAGUGGACAGCCUGAACCUGUGCGAGGGGGACCAGUGGAAGGAGAAUGUGUCGCUGGACCUCUAUCCUUACGACGCUGGGACAGACAGCGGUUUCACCUUCUCCUCCCCCAACUUUGAGACCAUUCCGCAGGAGAAGGUUACACAGAUUACCUCAUCAUUCCCCAGCCACCCGGCCAACUCCUUCUACUACCCCAAGCUGAAGCACCUUCCCCCCAUUGCCCGGGUGUCCCUGACUAAGGUCAAGAGUAACCACAUCUUCAGCCUGCCCAUUGAGCCCACCCAGUCCAAUCAGAUUCCUACUGGCAAUGAGAUUGCUGAUGUCACAGCGUACCCCUCUGCUUUGGUUCCAGACACUCCCUUGGACUGUGAGGUGUCGGUCUGGUCUCCCUGGGGCCUGUGCCAAGGGAAGUGCGGGGAGCCCGGGGUCAGGCACCGGACCCGCUACAUCCACCUACACCCCGCCAACAACGGAGUGGCCUGCCCCCCUCUGGAGGAGGACAAGAUCUGUGACCCCGACAACUGCGUUUGA